GUAUAUUGAACGUCUUCAAACAUCUCGUGCGAGAUGCAGCCGCUUUCACGCCGCGCCGGCUCAACGAAGGCCUGGAGGCCUGCCCUUCACGGCCGCUUUUCGCCCUUGCCUGUCCCAACACGGUGAUGGCUUGAUUGUCGCUGCUCAUUGUGUCGGCUCCUUUGUCGGGGGGUCGAUGGAUCCUCCUGGACCUCGAUUCCGAUCCUCAUAUGGAGCGGCAUGACGCGGUGUUGGAAUCGAACCUUUGGCCUACUAUUAUCCAACGAACGGAUACCAAAAACCUUGAUCUCGGCCUGCUCGUCACGCUCGAAGCCCUACUGGCGGAAGGGAACGUCACGCGUGCCGCCCGGCGCCAGAACCUGAGCCAACCCGCCUUGUCGGCCCGGCUGGCGCGGCUUCGCGAUGAACUCGGCGAUCCCCUCCUCAUUCCGGCACAACGCGGGAUGGUCCUGACCCAGCGCGCUGUCGAACUUCGGCAACCGUUGCAUGAAGCGGUGGAGGGUGUCCGCAGGGUUGUGGCAGAUGGAAUGCUGUCCGACCCGGCAACCAUGGAGGUCUCCCUGGUGAUCGCCGCGAGCGACUAUGUGCAGUAUGCGCUGCUCACCCGCUUCUCGGUCGCGCUCCGGACCGAGGCACCCAAGGUCCGCAUCGCCUGGCGUGCCCUCGACGUGCUGGUGCUCGCCACGCAGUUGGAGCGCGGCGAAGUCGACCUGGCCUUGGCAUCUCCAGACCAUGCACCGGCGGCCAUGCGCCAGCGCCAGCUCUUUUGUGAGGAUUACGCGGUGAUCGCCCGGCAGAGACACCCGGCCGUGCAGGGCCGUAUCAGCCUGGACGUAUUCUGCGCUUUGGAGCACGUCGUCGUGUCGCCCCAGGGCGGCGGGUUUUCGGGGCCUGCCGAUGCGGCACUAGAGGCCGUCGGCCGCCGCCGCACCGUAGCCCUGUCCACGCAGGGCUUUCUGAUCGUGCCGGAGGUCGCAUCGCGGUCCGACUUGAUCGCUUCGAUCCCACGGCGGAUCGCCGAUGGCUGGUCGGAUCGUGUGCAGGUGGUGGAACCGCCACUCACCAUCCCCGGCUUUACCAUCGCGAGCGUCUGGCACGACCGGACCACCAACCAUCCGGCACAACGCUGGCUGCGUGAGCGGCUGACGACGUUGGCUGCCGAAGGGUAACUACCGACUGGACGAAAGGCUGCACACGGCGUUUCCCGUAAAAUCAUCGUUCGCGGGAAUGGCCCUGUCGUCCCGCUGGCCCUUCGUUUGUAGGAAAACCCGCAGCCUAGGUCGACAGGUGCUGCCCCAACACAUGGCCUCUCUUCGUGAUCAAAGAGGGCAUCCGCAACGGUACGAGGCUCUCAUCAUAAAUUUGUCCGGUGAGUAU